GGGGGUACAGGCACCUGGCAGUGCCCACAGCAAGCCUUGACUAUCUGGCUGGCGUGGAGGUGGGGCUUGAGCUUCAGGAUCUCUGAGGCACCUCUGGGAUCCCGGCCACCUGGAGCCCUGGACCUCCCAGACUCCACUCACCCAUCCCCUCUCCCUGCACCGCACUCACACCAGGGGCAGCCUGGAGCUGGAUCACAGGCUGGAGCCAGGCCACUGCGUGCCCUCCUCCCUUCUGGCUGGCCUGCCUGCUGCAGGCUUCCAGCGGUGCCAGCUUCUUUGGAGCCCCGCGAAUCCUGUCUCAGUCCUGCCUAGGUGUGUGACCCUGGGCGAAUCUACCUCUCUCAGCUUCCGCUUCCUGUUUUAUGAAAAUGGGACUGAUGUCACAGGGUUGUUACGAGAUUAAAAGAUAUGAAGAAUCGGGCACAGUGCUCAGUAAUCAAUAGUCUGCAAUUCUGCACCCAGGUGGGUGCCCAUGGGCCUGACCUUCUCCUGGGUACUCUGCUGUCCCCACGGGGUCCUGAACUCUGCCCUCGUCACCACUUUUCCCAUUGCUCUUUGCCUUGUCCACUCGGCAGGGUCCUCACUACUCAUCCCCCCCAUGCGUACCACCUAUGUGCCAGCUUCUUGCAUCAUGAGUUGCUACCCCUGGGUGCUGGGCUGUCUCCACAGCCAUCUGUCUCCCUGUUCCCCAUGAAGGAGAGCCAGACCCCUCCCAGGUGGCACAUUGGAGCUGGCAGGCUCCAGAGCUCUUCUGGUCCUCUUAUAGUGGCCAGGAAGUGUGAAAAGGGGCCCAGAGAGGGGCAGGGACUGACCCAUGGUCACACAGCCUAUGUACGGCUGAUCUAGAGCUUGAGUCAGGCCUGGCUGUCACCCAUCAGAGCCCCAGGAUUUCCAUUUCACCCAACACAGUAUUGGGGUAAAACUGGGACCCCCCUUCCCACCCCUACCGGCCUGACUUAAGAGACCACUUCUCUGACCACCAGCCAUGGGGAAGGCAAACACCUGACCAAGACUCAUGCCCCAGGGUCCCAGAUAUGGAAUUGACUUCCUCCGCCCCUGCUGGUGUGGGGAGGGUGACUGGGUCCAGGUCUUCAGUGCAGACACCUGAGGAGUGGUUGCACUGUCCCUUCUGGUUGAGGGCCACAGUCUGGGGAUGUGCCCUUGAGCCCAAGCAGAGGAGAGCACAGCCGGGGCAGGACCUGGCAGCCCUGGUACAGAGCCCAGAUGGGGCAUCAGUUCCUGCUGGUCCUGCUCAGUUUACAGACAAGCUGCUGUCCUCCCUGCAAAGGGGAGUGGGUGGGGCAGAGGGCAAGUGCCAGGGUUGCACGAGUUUGGGCAUGUGGCUGGCCUGAGACGUUGUCUGAGGAAUGUCAGGCACCUGGAGGCCUUGCCCCAAGGACCCCAGGCCGCAGACCUCUGACCAGGGGGCAGCCAGCAUCCAGUACCCCAACCCCUGCCCUAGGUCUGGUGUCCCCCCAUCAGUGAGUCUUGGCUCUGCUUAUAGCAUCUGACGCCAGAGGGGCUGAAAAUAGCCCCUGGAGAAGGGGGAGGAGGGGGCUAUUUAAAGGGCCUGGGAGGGGAGAGGGAGUGAGGAGUGAUCAUGGCUACCUCGGAGCUGAGCUGCCAGGUGUCCGAGGAGAACUGUGAGCGCCGGGAGGCCUUCUGGGCGGAAUGGAAGGAUCUGAUACUGUCCACACGGCCCGAGGAGGGCUGCUCCCUGCAUGAGGAGGACACCCAGAGACAUGAGACCUACCACCAGCAAGGGCAGUGCCAGGCGCUGGUGCAGCACUCACCCUGGCUGGUGAUGCGGAUGGGCAUCUUCGGCCGUGGGCUGCAGGAGUACCAGCUGCCCUACCAGCGGGUUCUGCCGCUGCCCAUCUUCACCCCUGCCAAGAUGGGUGCCACCAAGGAGGAGCCUGCGGACACCCCCAUCCAGCUGCAGGAGCUGCUCGCGCUGGAGACGGCUCUGGGUGGCCAGUGUGUGGACCGCCAGGAGGUGGCUGAGAUCACCAAGCAGCUGCCUCCUGUGGUGCCCGUCAGCAAGCCUGGUCCCCUUCGUCGCUCCCUGUCUCGGUCCAUGUCCCAGGAAGCACAGAGAGGCUGAGAGGGACUGUGACUUGGGCUCCAGCUGUGCCCGCCCUGGGCUGGGCCCUUCCUGGCUAGGACUGUGGAAGGGAACUGCUGGCCAUGGCUGCUUUGUAGUUUGCCGAGUUGGGGGCUAGGGGAGGAGGGAGUCAGAGGCCAGGAUGCCUGAGCCUCCUGAUUUCCCAAAGGGAGAGUGGCAGAGACGGUGGGCACUAAGGGUGGAGAGCUGGGGGCCAGCACAGCUGAGGACCCUCAGCCCCAAGAGAAGGGACAAAAGGUACUGGUGAGGGCAAGAGGUGCCUGGGAGGAGUGGCCCUGAUCCAGGAAAAAUGCCGGGAAUCUGGAACACUCUAGGCAGAAGAAGCUGGGAGGGAGGGGGAGGUGAAGAGGGCAGAGGCAAGGAUGGUGGGGCCCCCAGCACCUUAGUUAGUGCCGCAAUAAACGCUCAAUCAUGUGCCAAA